GGUCACAUGAUUCUUUCAGCUACUGGGUUGAUGAAAAAUCUCCGGUGGGACCAGACCAAGCCACAGCCAUCAAACGUUUGGCCAGAAUUUCUUUGGUUAAAAAGAUCAUGAAGAAAUGGUCAGUGACACAAAACUUGACUUUCAAAGAGCAGUUGGAAGGUGGGAUCCGCUACUUUGAUCUUCGUGUAUCUUCCAAACCCGGGGAAAUGGGACAAGAGAUUUACUUCAUACACGGCUUGUUUGGCAUCAAAGUAUGGGAUGGGCUGAAGGAGAUUAACACCUUUCUUGAGCAGCACCCCAAGGAAGUAAUCUUCUUGGAUUUCAAUCACUUCUAUGCCAUGGAUGAGAGCCAUCACUUCUACUUGAUCAACAGGAUCCGCUCAGCCUUUGGAUCCAAACUUUGUUCCGUUCAGUGUGUAGAGUAUGUGACAUUACAGUACAUGUGGGAGAAGAAACAGCAG